AUGACGAACGCUCCUCCCCUCCCCUCCACCCUCAAUCCAGACGGCAAGUCUCUCUUCAAUCCCCCCGCCCCGGCAAGAUCUCCCGCCUACGAUGAAUUCCCCGCCCCCAUCAUCUCCUCCAACAACGGCUUUGACUUUCACAUAUACUACAUGCCCUCCAACCAUGCAGAGACCCAGUAUGCACGUGAGCUCCAUGAGCGCAUUCGCAGAGAAUUUCCAGAGCUGCGCAUCUACCGCUUCUGGGACCGUCCAGUAGGCCCUCAUCCCACCGCCAUGUUCGAAGUCAACACCUUUACCCCACACCAGACCGGCGCCUUUUUCUCUUGGCUAACCGUCCAUCGGGGCCCAUGCUCCGUGCUCAUACAUCCAAAUACCAACGACCCGUAUAGAGACCACACGGAGCUCAUGUCCUGGAUGGGCAGACCUUGGCCUUUGCACACAGAACUCCUCAAGCCUCGCCCCGCAGACCCCGCUCCGAGCGCGUCUUGA